UGUUGAUUAUUUUUAAAUCUUAAGUGCUUCAUAGUGGAAUAACAUAUGACACUGUAGUAGUGAUGACGGGACAUGUUGGAAGGCUUUAUGACCAGUUAAUUUCACUUCAGGAAUGUCUGGACAUUAAUUCUAGCGACUAUGAAAAAGCAGACAACAUUAUUAAGGAUAUUAUUUACAUAUGCAUGGAUAGUAGAAUGUCAGAGAAAGAAACUGCUUAUAUGUGUUCUCUGGUGUUCAAUGAAGAUCUUGGGCUGACUGUUUUUCUUAAAAAAACUGCAAGUUUGAGUCAGUUUCAAAAUGGAAAAUUGGAGAUUCUAGAUUUUCUUCCAAAGUUGCUUGAUAAUGUCAAGAAAAAAGCUGUCUCAUAUGGAGUCAGGAUCAAGGAUGCUUGUUUUUCAGUCUUUUUGCGUGAUCAAUUUGCUCGAGUUAGAAGUGGUGCUCUUGUUUGUGUGGCAAAGAUUUUGGAGACUUGCCGUGGAACAUCCCAAGUGCAAGACUUUGACAUUCCGGACCUUGUUAAAAAGAUGUUUAUGCAACUGAUUCAAGCAUCAAAAUUACCUCCUACAGUGAAGCAAGGAAUUCUCUGUCUGCUUGGAUCAUUAUCUGAAUAUUACCCAGAAUACAUGAUCUCUUACUCUGAGAAGCUGUGUGAUUUAUAUUUGAAUGAGCUGAAACAGCAGAUGACCUCCAAAACACGGAAACUAGAGAGAAGCAUUGUGUCUGGAUGCUUGCAGGGAUUGACUGGUUAUUUACACAGUUUUACUGUCUCAGUUGAAGAAGAUCCUCAGAAAUCUUAUAAAAUAUUCUGUUAUGCUCGAAGUUCAAUACUAAGUUCAGUGGAACACAGCAGGUUUGAGAUGCCACGAGCUGGGUUGAUGUUGUUUGCAAGACACGCACCUCAGUUCAACCAGUUCCUUUUUGAUGAUUAUGAGAAUAUGUAUAAGAACUUUGUACACUGGUGUCAUCAGUCGAACAAAGAAAGCAGAGCAAUAGGCUAUGCUGCGUUGGAAUCGUUUCUCAAAGAGAUUACAGAUAUAUUAAUUGCUAAAGCACGAGAAGGAAAAAGUGAAGGGUCAUCUGUUUUCAAGUUUUUCAUAACAGCUUUCCAGCAGUGUAUGAGGGAUAAUAAAUCAGACUCCAGGGAUCUUUCAGUUGCAGUUCGAGGAUAUGGGCUGUUUGCUGGUCCCUGUAAGUUAUACCUUGGAGAGGAGGAUGUGAAAUUUAUGCAAAACGAUAUGCUUCAAAGAAGUGAACAUUUUUACCUUAGUGAGGAGAUUCUUUUGGAAGAAAAGAUCCAAACACUGCCAAGCUAUCUGGAAGCUUUAGCAAGUAUUAUUAGCCAAUUGAAUGAGGUUUCAGAAACUCACCUUGAAAGAGUUGUGAAACUGGUGGUGAUGCAAAUUGAACACUAUCCUCAACUAGCAGAUGUACAUCAUUUUCUUAGUUACAGAUCUAUCAUAAGAACACUUCUUGCCUUUGCUCCUAAAAAAGCAGUUUUUAAAAGGUUUUUGGGUAAUAUAGUUUACCAAGGCCUGAUCAGAACAUGCUCUCAUCCUGUUGUUGCUGAAGUGGAAGCUCGAAAAGAUGAAGUUGAAACUUACGAUCCACGACAGAUCACAUACCAGAACUACCUCAGCCUUUGGCAUGCUAUUCUUGAUAUUGUGAAUUCCAAAUUACCGGAGGUAGGAACUUUACAAGUCCCGCUUGCUGAAAGGCAGUCUCUGGCUGAAAAUGUUUACGAUGAAAUAAUUCAAGCAGUUUUUGCUGUUCUGAAAAAACUAGAUUUAUCAUCUAGUGAAAAUACAGUUUCCGAUGAGGUGAAUGCCGAUCAACUAUCUGUUGUUGAAGAAAAUUCAGUAAUAGGAAGACAAGCUGCAUGCCCCAAAGAUUAUCAAGUUUUCAUUAAUAUAGUUGAUUUUACAAGAGACCUUCUUUUGAAGAAACAAUGGAAAUAUUUUGAAAAAUGGGUUUAUACUUUUGGUAUGGAGAUCAUAGAACAUGCUACAAGAUCUCCUCGUGUAAGUGGUUUCUACAAGUUAGCCGCUGUGUGUUUGAAGAUCUGCUCAAGAAUCAAGUAUUUUAAGAACAUCAACACGCUGCUUAGGCCAAAAGAAUGUGAAUCAAUGCAAGUAGAUGAUCCAUUCCAAAAUGAACGGAUCCUUAGUUUUCAACUGUUUUCGAAGUUUGCGAAAGAUGCAGUGAUCAGCCUUCAACAAUACAAAGAUGAUCUUCUGGCAUCCUGUUUACAGCUAGUGCUGUCUCUUCCUUCUGAAAUUGUCUUGUCAGAAAUCAGUCACCUUGUUCCUUCUUUAGAGUGUACCUUUCAGUUAGGAGCUAGUUAUCUACCUUUAGCAAUUGCAGGAUUAGAAGCAUUAGAAGUUUGGUCAACCAAGCUACCUCCAGAAGUCUUAGAGCCGUACUAUCCACAGAUAUUGCCUCAUCUGAAUGGGUAUCUUGUAGGGAAAUCGACAAAUGAUCUUGAUGAAUCUGCUGGGGUUCCACUUUUGUCCAGGACGUCUUCCAAAAAUAAGUUUGCAACGAAAUCUCCUGCAAACUUCAUAAAAAAAGUUAAUAAAGAUAAUCAAUCAAAGGUUCAGGAAACGGAAAUAACGGUUUUACGGCUACGCAUUCUGAAAUUUUUGGGUUCCAUUGGUGGCAAAAACAACAAAGCUCUUUUGGAGAAAAGCGAGGAGAAAAUUUCUGAAAAAGCCAUUUCCUGGGAUAAUAGAGUGCAAGAUCACUUGAAGUUUGCUGUACCUUUUGCUGAUAUGAAACCAGAGAUUUGUUUGGAUAAUUUUCUUCCACAAGUGGUUCAUUUGGCAUGCAAUGCUAGUGAUCGUCAGACUAAAGUUGCUGCGUGUGAACUUUUCCAUGCUCUGGUUAUUUACAUGAUAGGAAUUAGUGUCCAACAACCAAAGGAGUGGCAGAAAAAGUAUCCUAUGACUAAGCUGUAUCAGCGGGUAUUUCCAGCAUUGCUGAAGUUAGCGUGUGAUGUGGAGCAGGUGGCUAGACAACUUUUUGAACCUCUGUGUUACCAAAUAAUUCAUUGGUUUACAAAUAACAGAGGUUUAAUGAGUGAAGAAACCAUGACACUUCUUCAGGCUUUGUGGGAUGCUAUCACUGAGCGAGAAGAUACUUGGGUAAGAGACUUCAGUGGAAACUGCCUCAAAGAAUUUGUUUUGUGGUCAAUAAAGCAAACAGCUCCGAAGGAACAAGAAAAAAGUCCAGUAAACAUUAAGGCAUUGAUGAAACGUCUUUACAGCUACUGCCUUCACCCAAAUUCAUUCAAGCGACUCGGAGCAGCACUGGCAUUCAACCAUAUAUAUGCAAUAUUGAGAGAAGAAGAACCACUAGUCAACAUGUUUAUUUUGGAAACACUUGUACAUUUUGUUAACAGUUUGGCUAUUGCCCACAAGGAUGAAAAAUCUUUAGGGACGCAGGAACAGUGUAAACAAGCACUCGAUCAUGUUGAGCGUAUCUUGAGAGUAAGGGCUGAACUUUUGAACAAACCCAGCAAACAACGUCGUCAGCCACAGUGUCUUGACGGAACAACACUGUCAGCAGCUGUGCUGUGGUUGGUGCAGCAGUGUGGCAAGCCACAGACAGAAUGUCGUCACAAAUGUAUGGAGUUAGUAUUCAAACUAGCACCCUGUCUGCCUGGAACACACAAUACACAAGAGUAUUUUCAGCAGUUGCUAAAGAUGAAGGGUCCACAGUUUUUUAUAAACAGGUAUAAAUUCACACUGCUAAGUAUAGCUAGCAUCCAAAGUAAAGGAACCAAAAUUUUUGCUAGCUUGGAGUUCUUUCUCUCCCAUUUUAUCAGUGUUGAGAUAAUAGCAGCAAAUGAUUUAUUAUCUCCAAAAGAAAAAGGAGAAUUUAAAAGGGUUAAAUGCACUGUUAUAGUCAGACUCUUCAACUUCCUGACUGUUCUUAUUCAGAACUUUUCCAAGGAGCUCAGCAGCUGUACUCCACAAAGCUUGUGGUCCAAAUCUUUAUGGAAGUGUAUUUCACUCUGUGUUCUUGACCCAACAUCUAUAGGAUUCAAUAUGACUGAUUUGGAGAUCAUGACCCAACUACCACAUGAGACAACUCAUCUUUUAAAAGCAUUUUACAAACUUCCAAGUCCUGUACUUGAAGAUUUUGCUCACUCGUUAGAAAGACAUAUUACAAGUGAAGAAUCAUCAAAUCUCAUGGCUAUGCUUCCACUGGACCUCAGAAAAAUAGGAGGAAGGAAAGACAGUUCAGCAGAGUUUAUUUCUAGAGAGUUGUUGAAUGCUGUAUGGAAGGGAUGUGUGGGUAAUGUAGAUGGCAGCACCUUUGUUGCUACUUUGAAUCCUCCAACUGUAGCUUUGAUGGAGAAACUUCUUGAUAUUACAUUUCUGUUAAAUACACAGGAGGUAUCAUCUUCUCACACCUCUCUUCUUCUACAGGAGGCUGCUUUUCAAGAUAUCCAAGACCUUUCUCAUGUCCACUCAACAUUUGGUAUAUCUGGGUGUCUUCUUCAACUUUUGUCUCAGCCAAGCUCUGCCUUCUUCCUUUCGCCUGUUGUUACAAGCUGUUCUCUGCCAUAUGACCAGUCUUUAUGUUCUGUUUUCAUAAGUCUUUUAACAAGAAAGGGGAUAAGUCUGUCUUUUAUGGGACAUGUUUUGGACCUUUUGGCAUUUUUUCUGAAAAAUAAUGACACAAACAAGGAAGUUCUAAUACGGAAUGCUUUGGAUGAGCUCUCUGCUAAUACUUUUCCUCUACAAAGUACAGAGUUUGUUGUUGGCAGUCUUCGGUACAACAGUUAUGUUACAGUCUUCAGAAAGAUAUUAACUGCACUAGAACUAUGUGGAAGUUUAACUCUUUUAACAUUUGUUGUUGGCAUUAUGUGUCGAGAAGCUUGUCAUUUACUGGAGGAGGAAAUACAGCGAAGUAUCUCCCGCUCUGUAUGCAGGCUCAAGCCAGAAGAGCAGGUUAAUUCUAUGGAUACACUGUUUGGAAUGUUUCUUUGUGAGGAUCAACUUCCUGCUGAAAUGAAACUUGGAACUAUAGAGAGAGUUUGUGUUCCGAUUCUCAGAUUAUUGUCGAAACCUGUUAUAACAGAUUUCUUUGUCAAGAAUAUCCGCUCCAUUAUGGAAAUUGUUUCCUCAAAAGUAAUCAAGGGUUCUGAAGAACGAAUAAAAGCACAACUGUUAAUUAAAAUUGGGGCCUUUCAGCUAACGGAAGUGUUGUUCUCCUGUCUCCCGAAAGAGAUUAUUUCCUCUAAAGAAUCCUUAAUCAACAAAGCAUUUUGUGAUGGCAACGUUGACACAGGGAAAGAAUUGACAACAGAACUCACUCGACAAAGUCAUGCAACAAAAAAAGAUGAUUUGAGAGGUGAAACGACUCUUUAUGAUAUACGGAGACGACUCAGUUGUGCUGCUUACAAUGUUAUAAUUGCUGUGAUAUCUUGUACCCAGUCUGAUCCAAAGUUUUACAACGUUUUUCUGUUUCAAGAAAAUUCAGCUAAGAGAGAGUUUAUAUGGGAGAACAUUGUGGAUCUAAGAAAGGAAUAUUAUUUUCCAGUUGAAUUAGAGGCACCCAUGGAGAGGAAAAAAAAGUUCUUGACAAUUCGAGAAGGAAAUAAAGAAAGCAAUGGCAUUGAAAAUAAUUUUGGAUCAGUGCAUUAUUUUGCAUCUCAGUAUUUGGCAGACAGUAGUUUAAGUGAAGAUGUCAGCAGAUUUGACUUCUCUACAAGUGAACAGGUGUUUUCUACCCCGAUAGAAGAACAUAUGGCCAGAAAAAGAAGAAAUUACUCGUCAAACCCAGAACAAGAAAGACAGGUCAUCAUGGUGAAUGAUUAUAUAGAACUGGAAAAUGAUGAUCUGAAUAGACAUGAAUGUAUGGCUUCUCUGACAGCACUUCUUCAAACUAUGCAACAGAAAGGAAUUAUUGCUGCUACUGAUCAGAAAAGUAUCACUCCUGUUCCCAAAUUUCUGGAAGGUUUAUGCGAUAAGCUAAAUAACUCUGAAGUGCACAAGAAUGUAAAGCUCUUCCUGGCUCGACUUGUUGUAAAUAAUGCACAGAUUUUCAAGCCAUAUGCAGGAUCUUUGUUAGAUCCUUUGAUACAGUUGGUCGUGAGUGGAACACUAGGACAAGAAAUCAAUUAUUUUAUAUUGGAUGUAUUGGUUGUGCUUAUGACUUGGGCAACCGUAGCAAUACCAGAGGACACUGUUAUUGGAAGACAUGCUGCAAAUAGUAUCUUAGAGUUUCUAAUGACAAAAUGUGCUCAUCCACGUAAGGACAUUUUCCGCAACAAUCUGGAAGUCAUUAAAACUGUGGUAGAAUGUUGGAAACCUCGUCUAGAAGUACCAACAAGGAUUAUAUGUGGUCAGAUGUGCAUGACAGAUAUUACAAGGAAAGAAAAUCUGGUCGGUAUACAGUUGUCAGGAAUUGUGUUAGCUAAUGGACUUUCUCCUUAUUCUGACACAGGUGGAAAAUUGGAGAAAGCAAGGUUUCUUAAUUUGCUGGCAUCAAACUUAACAUUCAAGUACAAGGAAGUUUAUGCAUCUGCUUCGGAAGUGAUAGGGAUGGUUCUGAAGUAUAUGGAGGAGAAAGAAGGAUCUCCUGAUGAAGCUUUUCAGAACUCUAUAGAACAACGUGUGACAGAGCUUAGUAAUACCAAACAAGAUCAGUUUAUUACUUGUGUGAACAAAGUGCACCUUCACUUCCCACCUAUUGCUGACCGGUUUUUACAGAAGUUAUUGUUCCUGCUACCUAAAGUACAUGGAAACUUCAGAACGUUAAUCAUGGAAGUCGUGGCUUCUCGUGUUGAGUAUAUUCAAGGAGGUUUUACUGAACUCAAAACCAAAGGCCUUUUGAUGAUGAUAACCCACAGAGAUGAAUCAGUCAAGAAAUUUUCCCUGCAGGCCAUUAAAGGCCUUCUCCCUCAGCUGACAUCAGACAAUCUUCUAGAGGUGCUUCCCAUGAUCAUUAAACUUCAGUCUCAGCAAAACCCACUGAUUCGAGAAGUUAUGUACCAGAUUCUUAUGGAUGUUUAUGCUAACUUUAGCAUGAAAAGUGGAGCCAAAGAAAAAGAAAUUACUCGACUAGCUAAGGAGACUUUACUUUUAGGACUUGCUGAUCAAAACAUUGCCCUAAGGCUUCUGGUAAAUAAUUUUUGGAGUAACCCUUCUCGACUACCUAGUGCCACUAAAGAAAGAUUUUUGACUUUGCUUCAACAAAUGUAUUCACCUCCAACAGAAGAUAAAUUUCUGGAAUAUGGAACUUUUCUGUUAAUGGAGUUAACAUCUCUGAGUCCAGAUUACAAUCGUAAAAUUUUUCCGAAUCCGUUAUCAGACUGUCAGUUUCAGGUUUAUAACGUUUCAUCCUCUUGGAGGCAACGUCAUUCUGCAAUGACACCCAUGUUUGCAGAAACGCUGUUGCCGGAUGGUACUUUAGGAAGUCUUCAGACAGAAACAUCUAGUAAUACACACGGCACGUCUGGUGGACAGCAUCUUCGUGCAACUCAGGCAAAUCUACAGUUUACGGCUACCAUGGAUCCUGGGGCAAAACCAAAGACUUAUAAUUGGCUGACUCAAAGCUCGAUUGACACCAUGGAACAGUGGGGAUCACUAGAAGCAAUGGAUGCCAGUAUGGGAUCAAGUGGUUCUUCUCUGCUUUUUACUAUCGGAAGAAAAACAAAAGCACCUGCUUCUAGUCCAAAGACAAAAGGUGGUAGAAGUUUAAAAGCUGUUUCAGAUGAAGUUGAUAGUACAUCAGAUUCGAGUUCAGUUUCAGACAUCUUAAGACUGAAAAGACGUUUUGUAAAAGAUCAAGAAAAGCAUCGACUUGUAUUUGUUAAAAGGGCUGCAAGGCUCAAGAAUAUGAGAGAUGAUCUACUGAAAGAGCAGAGGUCUAGAAGAGAAGCUCAAGUUACCAUGUACCGUCGAUAUCGAAUUGGAGACUUUCCAGACAUAGAAAUAAACUAUUCUUCAAUCAUUGCUCCACUUCAAGCUUUAGCACAGAAGGAUCAGAAUAUAGCCAAAACUUUGCUGACAUCUGUAGCAAAAGCACUGUGUCAAUCAGAAGAGGAGAAUCAUCCCCAUGAUUACAUUGUUCUUUGUAAUGAAUUGAAACAAGUUUUUAACAACAUUCUCCAACAGACAGUUCAGUUUUUUCCACCUUUUAUAGGAUUUGUGGAAGAAGUUUGUUACCACAGUGUUCAACAUCUGCCAUUAGAACCUGAAGAGGUCAGUAAAGUUUCCCAAGCAAGUGGACAACAAAAUCUUGGUAUUUUAUUGUUGGAAGAGAUUUUGAUAAAAUCAACCACGGAAGAAACAGAACAUCAGAGUAAAAAAGCACGUAGAGAGAAUCGAAGCAAUAGUCCAGCUACAUCUUUGUGGAUAAGACUUGCUGAGUUGUACAAGUCUCUAAAUAACUAUGAUGUAGUUAGAGGCAUCUUCAGUAGCUCUGUAAAUACACAGACAGAAAGCAUCCAGGCACUUGAGUUUGAGGCAAGAGGUGAUUACACUAAAGCCUUACAACUUUAUAUUCAGUUGUAUGAGAAAACCGUGUGGCCUGACAAAGAGCCAGAACAAGCAGAAAUGGAUCUUUGGGAUGAUGCCAUACUUAAGUGUUAUGAUUCUCUCACUCGAUGGGAUGCCCUAGAGAAGGCAGUUGUGUGCCGUUUCACUGAUGGACAACGUCCAAAUUUAGACCGUGUUUGGGAGGAUUCUUACUAUCAGGAACAUUAUCUGCCUUAUAUGGUUCGAUCAAAACUGAAGAAACUUCUAGAAGAAAGACAAGAUCAAUCUCUUUUGUCAUUUUUUGAUAAUUCAAUGCAAGAUCCUGAUAAAAAGGAGUACAUUGAGGAGCACUUUACAGAAGAGCUUGCCUUGUUGUAUGUUAUACAAGAAGACUAUGAUCGUGCUCGGUUCUAUAGUACUUCCUGUCUUCAAAAAUUUCUUCAAGACUGGUCAUCUUUAAGCAUCAUGACACCCGGUGUCAGAGAAAGCAAACUUCAUUCCUUGCAGAAACUUGUGGAGUUAAAACAAUUUUUGGACUUCAUGGCUGAAGAAAAUAACUUUAACUCUGAGAGACCAGCAAAAUCUCUCUUGAAACAAUGGGAAUUACGGUUACCAUCAGUGGCAGAUCCGUUACACGUGUGGGACGAUAUCGUGACAAACAGAAUCAUGUUCAUGGAAAAGCUCAGAGAGAAAGUUGUAGGAUCUGUUCCAGACCAAGAUUCUGCUGCUGACUCAUCCAUGAAAACGCUGUCUCAAGAGGAGUUAUCUCGAACAACUCUUGAUAUUAUAGAACAGGAAUUUCUUCUAAAAUUACGUUUUGUUGACAGUGCUUGUAAGCAGGGCUGUAUAGCUGUAGCUUCAAAACACCUAAAAUGGUUGAACAAGAAGGCUGAACAUUUGGGUAACAGCGAUCACCGAACAACCUGGAUACACAAGUAUUGUGAGAUUUAUCACCAACAAGCAGUAAUGCUUCGUGGUGCAGAGAAAUUGAAAAUAUUAUUAAGAGCAAAGGAACAAUUAAUGAAGCUGGAUGACACAGUUGCUAGAAGCAACAUCUCUGAGGCAAAAACCCACCAUAGUUAUCUCCAUAGUUUCAAUGCUGAGAUGAUUGCAGAAAGCUUAAUAGAGGAUGAUGUCAGUGUGGUUUCUGAAUUGGAUUACGAGGAUCAGAAUCGACUGAAAAGCAUAGCUGGAUCUACGGAUUCAUCUCGGUUUAUCCCCAAAUUUUUGGAUGUUAGUUACCAGUAUUUGCAGAAAGGUGUACAUUAUAUUACUGAGCUACAAGAUGCUUUACAUCACACACAAAUGGUUUCAACAUCUGUUCAUUGUACGACAGAUCCACACAUGUCCUUAGCAUUCUUUUGUAACAAAUAUUUACGGAAGAAAGAAGAUGCUACUGAAGACAAUUGGAUACCUAAUUCUCUACCAUCCUAUCCAACCACCUUGGUAACUUCUCUUUUAACUGCCAUGAGGCAAGGCAGUAAAGCAGCUAUGCAGCUCUUUCCACGACUCUUACAGGUUUUGGAACUGUACCCAGGUUGCUCAGAAGAUUUUGUCAAGAAGACAAAUGAAAUACCAAGUUGGAUGUUCAUUAGCUGGAUUAAUCAGAUUGUUGCAUUACUUGACAAACCAGAAGCUCCACCUUUACAUGGUAUAGUUGAAAGAAUGGCAAAGGAAUAUCCUAAUGCUCUAGUAUAUCCAUUUAAGCUCAGUAGCAAAGGCUAUCAGUUUGAUAAUUCAAAUCUUGGGAGAAAGAACAAAGCUUUUGUAGAAAAGAUUGAGUCUUUGAUGGGUGUUGUGCCCUUGGUGGAUGACUUCAUAAAAGCUCUUGGCCAUCUAGGUGUUCCUUAUGGUGUUUUUAAGGAAACUUGUCGCAAUAUUACUUCCUUGAAGAAGUUCAAGGAAAACUCAGAAAAAAUCCAGAAAGAAUUCCAAGAAAUGUGGCAAGACAUUUUUGACGCAGGUAAUCAAGACAAUAGUGGACCCGGAAAAGGAUUAGUUUUUAUUAACUUUGAAAAGAAGUACAAAAAGAAGGUGGUCGACUUAUGUGGACAGAACGGAAACAGGAUUCUUUCAAUGAGCACAAAGGAGUUCUCUGAAAAAUCGAAUCGUUUGGUUGAAGAAAUGAAAAAAACGUGCUUGAAUGUGGGUAGUGUUAGAUUAAAGGACAUAUCACUAUGGUUAAGUGAUUUUCAUCCUUUCAAAUACCAAGAUGAACUUGAAAUUCCAGGCCAGUAUACUGGGACAGCAAAGCCCAUACCAGAGUAUCAUGUGAAAGUUUCUGGGUUUGACCAGGGUGUAAGAAUUCUGAAUUCCCUCACCCGACCACGAACUCUCACAAUCCGGGGAAAUGAUGAAAAAGAGUAUAAAUUUCUAGUCAAAGCACAAGAAGAUCUUCGCCAGGACAACAGAAUAGAACAUCUGUUCUCUGUGAUGAAUGGUAUUUAUGCAGGUGAUCCUGCAUGUUCAUUUCGCCAUCUCAGCCUAGCCACAUAUAAAGUCAUUCCAUUAACUACAAGACUUGGACUGAUUGAGUGGGUUGACAAUACAGUUGUGCUAAACCAGUUCUUGGGAGACAUGUUCACAAAGAAAGACCAGGAAAGAAUCAAUCAGGCAGAAAAAAAAUUUCAUAGUUACAUGAAGUCAUUGAGCAAAUCGCCUCAAGAAGUAAGCAGGAAUGCUUACAGAAAACUUGGAAGGAAAGAGACACUUAAAGCAUUUCAAGAAGUGGUGGACCUCGUUCCAAGUGAUAUCAUGAAGCGUGGUUUUGUGAAGCUUAGUUCCUGCCCUGAAGCCUUCUUAACUUUGAGAUCUCAGUUUGUAAUAUCUCAUGCUGUACUUUCAAUAUCUCAAUGGCUUUUGGGGAUUGGGGAUCGUCACCUUGGUAAUUUUCUGAUCAAGACAGACACUGGUAAAGAACUAGGCAUUGAUUUUGGCCAUGCUUUUGGGUCAGCAACUCAGUUUUUACCUGUGCCAGAACUGAUACCAUUCCGACUGACACCUCAGUACCUAAAUCUGAUGCUGCCUCUGAAAGAAAAAGGACUGUACGAGGCCACCAUGAUCCAUACCUUGAAUGCCUUGCGAAAGAAUCAUGACUUGCUUCUGAAUUUCAUGGACGUAUUCAUUAAGGAACCAACCCUGGAUUGGAAAAAUUGGGCUCAAAAACAAAGAAAUGAGGGAAAGGCAAGUGAAGAUGCGGAUCAUGAUACACAGUGGUAUCCCAAGCAACGGGUCCAGUUUGCCCAACAGAAGUUACAGGGAAUCAACCCUUGCUACAUAACCAUGUUAGUCAGCAGAAAUUUCUCACUUAAAUAG